GGCGCGGCGGCGGCGGCGGCGGCAGCAGCGCGGGCAGAGGUGCGGUGCUUGGCCACCGAGCGCGCCAACGCGGUCCCCGCCGGAGCCGCGGCGUCCCACUGUGCGGCUCUCACCCUUCUCCCGGACCCCGCAUCCCACCGGCCCCAGGAUGGGCGCGCGCUCUUCGGGCGGACCCCGGGCCCAGGCUGGGUUCCUGCUGCUGCUGCUGUUCGGGCUGCUGGCCCCGGGCGUGCAAGGGGCACGGGGCCGCGGCGGCACCGAGAAGAACAGCUACCGCCGCACGGUCAACACCUUCUCGCAGAGCGUCAGCAGCCUGUUCGGCGAGGACAACGUGCGCGCCGCUCAGAAGUUCCUGACGAGGCUGACCGAGAGGUUCGUGCUGGGAGUGGACAUGUUUGUGGAAACCCUGUGGAAAGUUUGGGCAGAGCUCUUGGACGUCCUUGGACUUGACGUCUCGAACCUGUCCCAGUACUUCAAUCCAAGCUCAGUGGCCAACAGCCCCACACGUGCCCUCCUGCUGGUGGGCGUCGUCCUCCUGGCCUACUGGUUCUUGUCUCUGACCCUGGGCUUCACCUUCAGCGUCCUGCACGUGGUGUUCGGCCGCUUCUUCUGGGUGGUGCGGGUCAUCCUGUUCUCCAUGUCGUGCGUGUACAUCUUGCACAAGUACGAGGGUGAGCCCGAGAACGCUGUGCUGCCGCUGUGCUUCGUGGUGGCCAUCUACUUCAUGACCGGGCCCAUGGGUUUCUACUGGCGCAGCAGCCCCAGUGGCCCCAGCGUGGAGGAGAAGCUGGAACAGCUGGAGAACCAGGUCAGACUGCUCAACAUCCGUCUCAACCGAGUGCUGGAGAGUCUUGACCGCUCCAACGGCAAGUGACAACCAGCCAGCCGGCCGGGUCCCCUCCUCCCAGCGCCCUCUCUCCGGAAACAAAAAAGAAGAAGAAAAAAAAGAACGCCAAACCCCAAACAAUCUUAAUAAACAUGUCUGAGCAGGAGAGUGGCGCUUUGCGAGGGUGUUUCCAGCCACGUGUCAACUCUUAGGACAUCUUCCGAGAAGAAUGGGACAAGAUCGUUGGUGUAGAACUACCCACCAAGUGUCAUUAGUGGAAAAAAAUCUUUUUUAAACAAAGGAUAUAACCAUAUUAGCUGUACAGGAAGAGAAGUUUAUCUGUGCAUAGAGCAUAAAGUUAAUUUUUUCAAGCAUUUAAAUACACCUUUUGUAAGGUUUUUUAACACAGGCAGAUGGAGUUAAGUUUUAAUAAACUUAAAACUUUACAUGGAGGGGAAGAAAUUGCUAAUUCGACCUUUUGGAAGAGUUUCAAGGCAAGCAUUUGUUUUUGCAGCGUAGGGAUUGGUGGGUGAGGUCUGUGUGCAGUCUUUUCAGGUUCCAAAGCUGUGACCUUCAUUUCACGUUGUUUUUCAUGGAUGUCGAUUUCUUGAAUGUUGUCGCUUCUGAAUGUGGGCCAUUGGGUUUCAAGGAUGAAACUAAACAUCUUUUGGAUCCUAGUGACCCCAGCCAAGCCCCCUUCAAUCCUAUUUCUAAAUGAAGAAAUCACUAUUUGUAGAAAACCUAAGAUUUUUUUCCCCCUUCUGUACUUUGAUGUAUCUUAACCUCAACAUUUUGUAAAGGGAAAUUCAAGGACCGGGCAAAGAAAUGUCUUUGGGGUUUGAUGCCGGGAGCCGCCUGGGUAAGUUCAUUCAGGAAUCUAUUUGAUGUCCUAAUUUCGCCAUUUGCCAGCUAGGUUGAUACAGGAAAGAUACACUCUCUGGGGUUUUUUGUUUAUCUGUUUCAUCUCGGUUUUGGGUGACUCAGGACCUUAGAAGGAAAACCAAUAGCAGCUAAUAACAUUUUCGAGUCUGUUGCUGCUUAUAACGCAUUCUCAGGAACAGUAAGCAGGAAUAAGCCAGACUUGGAGAAGAUCUGAAUUAUUUUUCCUGAAAUUUUUACGGUACAUGUGUUAGGUGCUUUUUGCCUGGAGUCUGGGGUGACCUCAUUUUUAGCUGGUCCCUCAGGGCAGAGAGAGGUAUGUGCAGGGCAGACAGCUGUGGGGUCCUGGACAAAGGGGGCUUUGCAAGGCUUGGAUCAGGGGCUAGUGGAGAUGCCCCUUUCUGGCUACCAACAAGCACAGGAGAGCAAGGAAAGGAUGCUGCCGGGGGUUGUGACUGUCUUUCCCUGCCUACCUGCGUCGUGCCCUGGCAGCCCCCUCACAGGAGCCCCUCUACGCAGGUUUGCAGAGACCCCUGUCAGAUCAGGUAGGACCAAGACCUUUUGGUCCAGGUAUCAUUUGGGGGAAAACUCAGCUGCCUGCCAACUCCUCGUGUGCCGCCCUUCUGUGACGUUUUACUUGGGGUUACAAGUACCUGGAAAACGGAAGCAAAUGUUUUCUGAGGAUGUUUAUGAAACUUCUGUUAUUAAGGUGCACAAUAACGGGACCCAAACUCUCCUGCAUUCAGUUCGCUUCCUGAAACGCAUGUUCUCUAGAAUUUGCUUGGGCGAAUCUUUACCCGUGGGCAUUCGACCCCCGAGUUUUUUGCAUUGAAACCGUUCCAGUUUUGUCAGUUAGAUAUUUACGGACAAAUCUAUUUUAGCGCAGGGUGUGAAGCCCUCCAGGGAGGUCAUCUUUGCCCUCCUUCCUUCUGUGCGUUUAGCUUCUGUGUAUCUGGCAUAUCUAGGUAUUUGCUUCUGUUAGCCAGAAGGGAAAUGGACGUUCUCUGCGCAAAGCUUUUAAGUCUUAAAUUACGGGUCUGGGUCUAACAUCCACUCUGUUCUCUCACCCACCCUCACACAUGGAAACCUGAUGGGCACUGUGCUGUACCGAGAUCCAGGCAGGAAAACCAUUUUAACUUCUAGUAGAUCGAGGGAGGCUCACGCGUCUAGGUGCUGGUGGACUCAGGCCACAGCAUCAACUGGAGAUUGCCGUCGAGAAUAUGCACCUUGUUUUCCAGAUUGGCUAAGUGUAGGCUGUGAAGCCAGUUUUAUAGCUCAGUACGCUCAAAGGGAUGGAAUGAUGUCUUUAUUUUUAACAAAAGUUAAAUAGUUAAUUAGUUCACUAGAGGUAUCACUUCAGCGUAGAACAGUCCUUGAAAUUCUGAUAGAAAUCAUGGAUGUUCGAUCUGAAUAACGCCUGCUUUUUAAUGCGUAAAUUUGACUGUUGCUUGGGCGUGUUCUUAACCCCAAAUAAUUUGGGUUUUUUAUUUUUUUUGCUUUCUCCAUUCCAUGGAAGCUUGUAGGGUAAGCUUCCUUCCUCAUCUCUUCCUUUUUUCUCUCUUUUGUACAUGGAGAAAUGUAUUUUUGUACCAUAUCUCAUACCUUGAAGAGAAACCUUUUUUAUAUCUUCAGGGCUAUAGAAUAUAUUAGCGUAACACAUCCUUCAACAUGGUAUGUAAACAUCCUGAUGAAAACUACUGUGGAUCUCUGUUUUAGUUAAGACUCAGUUUUUUAGAUAUCUUCAAGGCAUCAAUGUUAAUUGCCCAGUGCUUCAGUAUCACAGUAAAUACCGAGAACAGAAAAUAGUCCAGAAGAGAAAAAGGACCAGCUACCUCCAGAUUGCUGGAUUUCUGUGGGUGUUUGGGGAUAAUGUUUGGAGCAAUCUCUUCCUUGACAUCCUAGCAAAGAU